AUGGCAGCUACCACAAAGCCAAACAAUGUCGUGAUGGACGAUCAAAGGAAAAAUCUUAUCCGUGACCUAUUACUUGGUAAUCUCAAGCCAUCACGUCUUAGCAAGCUAACCCCCGAGCUGAUCGUAAUGAUUAUGGAGAGUCUUUUCAACAACGGUACGGUCUUCCCGGACUAUCCCGACAUUAUCAAAGCUUUAGAUGUAAAGUCAGAAGCGACAGCAUUUCACUACACCCUGGAGACUUUCAUCAGACAUUCUAAAAGAGCUAGACUUGACCAGGGCUCUCUCAAUCAAUUCCCCAAGCUUCUUGAACCCGAGCAUCAUGUUGAUGGCGAACUUAAGGUAGGUUUUAUGGAUAAAUCUGGAACAAAAAUUCAGCUACAGUCCAUGUGCGAAUCUUUCGGAUUUCGCUUCUAUGAUUUAUACAUCACAGAUCUUUGCUUGAACUUCAGACCAAAACUUCAGCUUGAAAGCAUAUUUUGUGCAUCUCGCAAGCCGGCUGAAGAGAUUGUUUGUGAAAAGGAGGCAGUUUACUUAUGGGACAACGAUAUUUCAAAUCGCUUGCAUCUUGCAAUUCUUAAGAUAGUAAACAAGCAAAUGAAUAUCUUGACUAACAUCCAAACUUUCUACCUUAGUUCUAAUCACCUCACCGAGUUCAGAACUAUCGAUACACUCUCCAAUGAUAAGAAGGCAUAUAUGACGACCACGAUGACUCCAUGUGCGCACUUAACGGAGGGCGUAUAUUAUGAGCUUUCGGUAGACGAUCCUGAUAUCUCUCAAAGCCUCAAGUCGUAUGGAUCACCGGCAGAAGAUCCUCCCAUUGUCCGCCAAGUAACCUUUUGGUGGAUUGCGACUGAAGGUUUGAAGGCAGAUGUUUCUAAAAUUGAUCAAUUGGAGCCAUUAUUCAACGAGAGGAGCAGGAAUAUCAUGGACACACCAAAGAUACUUUGGUCACAUGCCGACCAUGCAUCAAGAGAGAGUGUUUUGUUACAGAGAGUUCUUGAGUCUGGAAAUUUAUUUCCAUUUUUGUCCCGGGUGUGGACCUAA